UUAAGUGCACGAGGAGCCCUCAGCGCUGGGUGCUGAUGACUGGCAGAGCGUUGAAGAGAUGAGCAAACUGACAGUAGUUUUAACACUACUGAUCAUGUGAUCAUCUUGUGUUUCCGGUGAACUCUGACUGACAGCCCGCAGAACCGCAGAACACGAAGCAGAUCAGAAGGCUUUGUGUCUCCUAGCAGCCCUACUCACUGCAGCCGACCAUCAUGCAGAGUGAUAUGAAGAUGCCGUUGUUGGCCAGUUUGGCCCCUGAUGCCUCAGAGCCCCUUCCUUGGUGUGGGGGAGGCCCCGUGAUAGGCAUCAUUGGCUCCGGAGACUUUUCCCGCUCCCUAGCGAUCCGGCUGGUGGCUAGCGGUUUCAGGGUGGUGGUGGGCAGCCGCGACCCGGGCCGUGUAGCCAGGGGUCUGUUUCCUGAUGGAGUGGAAGUGCGGUCACAGAGGGAGGCUGUGGACGGAGCAGAGAGGGUGGUGUUCGUUGCAGUCUACCCGGAGCACUACUGCACCCUGCUGAGGCUGAGUGAGCGGCUGGCAGGGAAGGUCCUGGUGGAUGUUAGCAAUGCCACCCAGCUCAACAGUGGGGAGCGCUCCAACGCAGAGAGGCUGGCAGAGCUUUUCCCAAAAAGCAAAGUGGUGAAGGGCUUCAAUGUCAUCUCUGCGUGGGCGCUGCAGGCUGGAGCCCAUGAUGGAAACAGAAGGGUCCCGGUGUGCAGCGACUGCUCCGGCUCUAAAGCCACGGUGCUGCAGCUGGCCCGUCAGUUGGGCUUCAGCCCCGUUGAUAUGGGGACUCUGUGUGCAUCCAGAGACAUAGAGGAAGCCCCGCUCGUCCUCUUCCACUCCUGGGGAAGCCCUAUCUUGGUCACCUUCCUCCUCUUCCUCUUCUUCUAUGGAUACAACUUCCUGCGGCACAUCCUGCUUCCCUUCCUGGACCAAGGAGAAAACAACUUCUACCAGCUUCCCCUGGUGACAGUAAACGAGACACUGCCGGCUGUCGCGCUGGUUACACUGGCUCUGGUCUAUCUACCAGGUCUGCUGGCGGCUCUCCUCCAGCUUGCCAGGGGAACCAAAUAUCAGAGAUUUCCUGCUUGGCUGGACAGCUGGCUGUGCGUUCGGAAGCAGCUGGGCCUCCUGAGCUUCCUGUGUGCUGGGCUGCAUGCUGUGUACAGUAUGUGUCUGACGCUACGCAGGGCUGCAGGCUACACACUGGUGAACACAGCCUACCACCAGGUGAAAGCUGGUGUUGAAAACUCCUGGGUGGAAGAACAGGUGUGGAGGUCUGACCUUUACCUGUCCUGUGGAAUUCUGGGAUUUGGAGUUCUCACUCUGCUGGCUAUUACCUCUCUGCCCUCUGUGGGAAAUGCCCUCAACUGGAAGGAGUUUACAUUUGUUCAGUCAGGUCUCGGGUAUGCUGCCUUAACUCUCUCCAUCAUGCACACUCUCUUCUUCGGCUGGGACUUUGCCUUCCUCCCUGCAGCCUACCGUUAUUACCUACCACCGGUGUUCUUGCUGGCCCUCAUCCUGCCCUGCAUAGUCCUGGUUGGACGGAUCCUCUUGGCUCUGCCAUGCCUGACCUUAAGACUAGCAAAGAUCCGCAGGGGCUGGGAGAGCCCACGACACUGGCCCCGAACGAAUCAAGAGCCAAGGUCAUCUGAAGUGGAUAACUCUCAAAAACUUGGUGACAUCUAGUGUUCUAAAUAGUGGGGGAAACAAAUGUGGACAGGCCAGAGGUGUCUUUACUCUCUGUGACACAGAGAAAGUGGGAGAUGGUGUUAAACAGUAAUCUAACAUGUCCAUGACUUUACCCAUGUCGUUUAAAAGCAAGAUGUUUUUUUAAGUUUACUUUAUAUAAAGUAUUUUUACAGUUAGGCUGGAGCACCUGUGCAAGCACACAUGGACAAAAACUCCAAACUAAGGACUGUUAGACUGUCGCAGACUUCACUCAUACCUACUCUGAUGUAUUCACUGACAUCAUGUUAAGUCUGCGAGACCUGAGACUGAAGCUGCCAAGAGACAGGCCUCCAGUCAGUUUCACUGGUUGCUGUGGAAACAUUUGAGUGACAACUACAGUCAUGUAGGCAGUGAUCGCCUCUGCCAUAUUCUGUCUGCUCAUCUGUCUCUGCAGAUAAUUAGAUAUAAAUCCCAUUUUUAUGACUGAACAAAAUGAUAUUAUCACUUUUUAGGCUACACACAUUUUAAUAGACAGAUGUUCGUAAAGAAGGACACUGACUAAAUAUUUUGGGUGUUACUGACACUGGAAGACUUUCUUUUGAGUCACUUUCCUUUGCCUCUAUAUUACACUUCAGAGUUUUUAGCCUAUGAGUCAGCUGCACUAAUAAUAAUAUGUUCUAAUUACCUAAACUUCUACAUAUUUUUGUAUUGGGUGUUGAAUAUUAUUUCUUGAUUCAAGUGAUGUUUUAAUACCUCAGUUAAUGAUAAGUAUGUUUUGUUUCUUUGGUCAGCAUUUGGAAAAUUGGAGGACCAUGUUUGUAUUGUAUUGUAAAUUGUGGGUAAACCUAUGAGGUCCUGUGCUGUCCGCGUCCUGAACGGACUCUCUGGAAGUCUGCAGAAAGUCAGCUUCAGGCCUCUUGCAGACUUGAUGAAUAGUGGAUUGGGAGCCCAGUACUCACAGAGUGAAUAGAAUAGAAUAUAUCCUUAUUGUCCAUAUUCCACCGGGGUGGAAAUUUGUCUUUGACCCACCAAACACAGAAGACAGCACAAUAAACUGCAAACAGUCAGUUACUAAAAACAGCACAUAAACAGGUCAUUAGGGACACUUAACACAACAGGUUCAGGUCAUUGUCCGUCCGUGGUUUAAAAACUCACGAGUCUGCAAGGUUUGUGAAGUCUGAAGAUUUGGAUUCAGCCACUGUGUCCUCAAGGAGACUCUCCCAGACAUGACUGCAUCUUUUGGGAACAAUUUACCACAGGUCAUGUAGUCUUCCUAUCCAACUUUAACCCAAAAUUAUCUGCUAUCAACCAGCUGCAUAAGUCUUAUAUUUCAUUUGCACCUUAAGUACUGAUACACCAAAAAUAAGACAUCAAUCCAUCGAAAAAUUAUACAUUUUUUAAGUUUGGAAAGUGAUCAUGCAAACAGGAUAUUGUGCAUAAAACAUCAUGUGCUGCCCAGGCUACAUCAUAGGGGAUUGGAUAUCUCCAUCCUGUGGUUUCUGCUCCUGUAGGGGCGGACAUAUUGGCUAAACAAUCAUUAAAUCAAUAGUUAAUUGACAUGCAGGGACCAUGAGGUGAUGUCGAGGUUAAACAACAGACCCUGUUCCAUUUUAUAAUGCCUGCUCGCACUUCCAAGGUUGUUUUCAUUCUGCCAAUUCAUUCUGGGAUUUUUGUCCAAUGAAACCAAAAAUCAGCUGCUUAUCCCAGCUUUAAUAAUCCAAUCUAUUGAUAUCAUCAACAUCAUUCCAGCUGUAGUCCUUAGACUGUUGACUUGAUUGUGUCAACAGAUCAGAUAUAUACGUACAUUAAUCUUAUCAUAUAUGUAGUUAGCAGAAAUGCUAGCACUCAGUUUGACACGUAGGCUAUGUCACUGGAUGUUCAAAUCAAAUCAAAUCAAACUUUAUUUAUAGAGCACUUUUCAUACAUUUAAUGUAGCACAAAGUGCUUUACAAGUUAAAACAUUAAGAAACAACCAAAUGAACCAACCCCCCCUUUCCUGGCCCACCCACUCCCCACCCCCCAGAACACAAACAGAAAGAUGACAUUAAAAAGGCACAGAACAGAAUGGCUUUGGAUAAGAAACAUGGCCGAGCACAGACAACUAAAUUGAGGAAACGCCAUCAUGGAGGGCCUUUUGGACCAGGAGCUGAUCAAAGCUCACAGAAACUUCUCUACAGAAAUCAUCCUGCCCCAGAAAGAUUGGGGAGUCCAUGCCAAAACCAUGAAGCUGUGGACAGGACACCCCCAUCCAGCCGAGACAGGGCGACCCCCACAACGAUGCCCCAACAGCCUGAGCCAAUCACAUCUCCCGGUACAAAGGGCCCCCCGUGAGGAAACACCAGAGUGGGAGUAAAAAACUAAAAACAGAAUUAAAAAAAACCCAAAAAACAAUAAAGUAGUCUAGACUACUAAAAGGUUAAGAAGUUGAGAAUAAGAUGAGAUAAAACAAAACAAAUCUGAGAUAAAAUGCACGUAAACUAAAAAUAACUACAACAUACAGUUUAGCAACCUAAGGAUCUUAAUAAUAUAAAUAAAUAAAUAUGAAAUAUACAUAAAUUAAUAAAUUGGUAGAUUAAAAUAAAUAAACAAAUACGAAAUUUUAGCUAAAAGCUAGACUAAAGAGGUGGGUCUUGAGCCUGCAUUUAAAAAUUUGAACACUUUCUGCAGCCCUCGGGUCCUCCGGCAAGCUGUUCCACAGAUGGGGGCCAUAAUAAUGAAAUGAUGCCUCACUGUGGGUUUUUGUUCUAACCUUAGGAAUUAUUAAAAGGCCGGUACCAAAGGACCUCAGGGCCCGCGAGGGUCCGUAUUAUAAAAGCAAGUCUGAUAAAUAAGAAGGCCCAAGACCAUUUAGACUUUUAUAAACCAAUAAAUGUACCUUAAAAUCAAUCCUGAAACACACAGGGAGCCAAUGCAGAGAUUGUAAAACAGGCGUAAUGUGUGCUCUCUUUCUGGUCCUCGUCAGCACAAGUGCUGCUGAAUUCUGGAUUAGUUGUAGCAGAGUAAUGUUCUUUUUUGGAAGACCAGAGAGUAGAGCAUUGCAGUAGUUAAUAUGACUAGAGAUAAAGGCAUGCAUCAGUGUCUCUGUGUUUGCUUGGGAGAGAAACGGGUGGACUCUGGCAAAAUUUUUGAGAAGGUAAAAUGCUGUUUUUGUUAUGUUUUUAAUGUGUGGAAUAAAACCAAGCUCAGAGUCAAAGAUGACGCCCAGGUUUUUUACUUGUUGUGACAGAUUUAGUAGAUGUAGUUUCGUUGUAAGUUUCUCUCUCUGAGUUUCAGGACCAAUAAUUAAAACUUCAGUUUUGUCCUGGUUGACCUGCAAGAAGUUCUCUGCCAUCCAUGACCUGAUGUCUAAAAUGCAGUUAAAACGGGCAUCUCGUGGUCCUGGGUCAUCAGGAGACACAGAGAUAUAUAGCUGUUUAUGGUCAGUGUAACUGUUAAAGUUGAUGCCGUGCCUCCUGAUGACCUUCCCAAGUGAGAGCAUGUAGAGAUUAAAAAGUGUGGGGCCCAAAAUCGAGCCUUGGGGCACACCGCAGUUUAUUUUAUAGUUCUUCGAGGAGCAGGUAUCCUAACUUACUAAAAAUUCUCUAUCUGUGAGAUAGGAGGAAAACCAGUUAAAAACAGUACCAGAGAGGCCAGCCAGGUUGUGGAGUCUGUUAAAAAGGUGAUCUUGGUGAUCUACUGUAUCCAAAGCAGCACUUAGAUCCAAUAGCACCAGGACAGAAGGUUUCUUCAUGUCCAUGUUACACCUGAGAUC